CGAAUGGGUCGUGGGGUCCCCAUUUUCGUUCUUUCACUCCCCGGGAGUAGAUGACAGCCUAAUCAACAGCCUGGAAAAGGUUGUAGCCGCUUGCUGUGGAAAAGCUUCGGGGCUUUAAUGGCUGCUCUCUUCUCUUUUCGCGGCGGCAUGGCGUUCCUGUCAUGUAAUGUGGAGUGAAGCGCUUCUGGGUUUGGCCUCUCUCUCGCUCUGACUCGGACCCUCCUUCUUCUUCCACGCCGGCCGAACUCGGACUCGACUCGACUCACAGAGCAUUCUUGCUCCUGCCAAAAGCUGCUUGGUCACUUUUGAGCAACUGGGUAAGUGAGGAUUCGGAUUUUUCAAGAUUUUGGACCUCUCAAGAGCUUGAUCGUUCUGCUUUGUGAGUUGGGGGGUUUCCAGAUCUUGUUGAACUGGAACUCAACCUCUUUAGUGAUCGCUGAUUUGUGAUUUGAGCGAGGGAGGAGUUGGGACGGUCAUUGUUUUCCUGAAAGUUGGGGGAUUCGGGUUACUAUUAAUAGACACGGUGAAGAUGAAGCUAGAGAAGUCGGUCACCCUGCUUCUUGUAGCUGUUCUGUUCGAGAUUUCAUGUCUGAGAUGUCAAGCGGCAUUUGUGCCCGCCGAUAAUUACUUGAUAUCUUGCGGUUCUCCGCAAAACAUAACAGUCCAGGGUCGAACUUUUGUCCCCGAUUCUGUGCUGUCUUCCCUUGUGUUAAGAACGGGGAAUGCCAUUGUUGCUAGCUCCAACACUAGCAUUCUGUCUCCCAUCUACCAGUAUGCUCGUGUUUUCUCCGGCAUAGCCUCUUACAAAUUCAAUAUUGAGCAACAGGGCCGCCAUUGGGUCCGCCUCUACUUUUACCCUCUUCCGACUUCCGGCCAUGACUUGACAGCUUCCCCUAUAACCGUAGUCACCGAUGAUUUUGUACUCCUCAACAACUUCACUUUCAAGAACUAUAAUGGUUCCUACAUGUGGAAAGAGUACGCAAUCAACGUGACUUCAGAUAUGUUGAGUCUCACUUUCAUCCCUUCAAACAACUCGGUCUCUUUUGUAAAUGCGAUUGAAGUCGUCUCAAUCCCAGAUAAAGUGCUGCCUGAUGAAGCUCUUGCUGUAAAUCCAUCUGCCCCUUUCAGCGGCCUCUCUGAACUUGCCCUUGAAACAGUGUACCGUUUGAAUAUGGGGGGUCCACUGCUCACUGCUCAAAAUGAUACCCUUGGAAGAACUUGGGAGAAUGAUGUGAAAUAUCUCCAUGUCAACAGCUCUGCCGCAAAUGUGUCUAUCAACCCUUCGUCAAUUAAGUAUCCUGUCACAGUCACGAAAGACAUAGCGCCUAAUUUGGUAUACGCGACGGCUGAAACCAUGGGAGAUGCCAAUGUUGCUAAUGUGAACUUCAACAUAACUUGGGUCUUCCGUGUUGAUCCUGACUACAAGUAUUUCGUGCGGGUGCAUUUCUGUGAUAUAGUCAGCAAGGCCCUAAAUUAUCUCGUGUUCAACCUCUACAUAAACUCCGACAUCGCUCGGGGAAGCCUUGAUCUUUCGACCUUAACUGGUGACUUGGCCGUGCCAUACUACAUGGAUUUUAUCGCUAACUCUUCCGACGGAUCGAGUACUUUUACUGUUAGCGUAGGUCCAGACACUUCGUCCGAUGUCACUGAUGCCAUAAUGAAUGGGCUGGAGAUCAUGAAAAUCAGCAAUGAAGCAAAAAGCUUAGAUGGGUUCUCUUCUGUCCGGAGCCUUCUUCCUGAGUCGUCUUCAAAGAAGAACAGGAUAGCAAUUAUCGUUGGCUGUAUUGUUGGAGCUCUGGUUGUCAUGGCAUUUGGUGUUUUCUGUUACUGUUGCUUGGCAGCUCGGAGGUCAAAAACAGCUCACCAGCCACAUCCAUUGUUACCACUGCCUUUAUAUGGAAAUUCCCAGACCAUGACCAAGAUGUCUACAACCUCUCAAAAAAGUGGAACUGCUAGCUGCAUAUCUUUGGCUUCCUCCAACCUAGGAAGGUUCUUCACAUUCCAAGAGAUCCUAGAUGCGACCAACAAGUUUGACGAGAGCCUGCUUCUUGGUGUUGGUGGCUUUGGCAGGGUGUAUAAGGGAACGCUAGAGGAUGGAACUAGAGUGGCUGUCAAGAGAGGUAACCCAGGAUCCGAGCAAGGGCUUGCUGAAUUUCGAACUGAGAUCGAAAUGUUAUCUAAGCUCCGCCACCGCCAUCUUGUUUCUCUUAUUGGCUAUUGCGAUGAGCGCUCAGAAAUGAUUCUUGUGUAUGAAUAUAUGGCAAAUGGGCCACUCAGGAGCCAUCUGUAUGGAACGGAUCUACCUCCUCUUCCAUGGAAGCAGCGCCUAGAGAUCUGCAUUGGGGCUGCAAGGGGACUGCAUUAUCUCCACACAGGUGCAGCUCAAAGCAUUAUUCACAGAGAUGUCAAGACAACAAACAUUCUAUUGGAUGAGAAUUUCGUUGCUAAGGUUGCUGACUUCGGCCUCUCGAAGACGGGGCCCGCACUGGAUCAGACUCAUGUCAGCACUGCAGUUAAGGGCAGUUUUGGUUACCUGGACCCCGAGUACUUCAGAAGGCAGCAGCUAACUGAGAAAUCUGAUGUGUAUUCCUUUGGAGUUGUUUUAAUGGAAGUUCUCUGCACUAGACCUGCUUUGAACCCAGUACUUCCAAGGGAGCAAGUGAAUAUUGCAGAGUGGGCGAUGAGCUGGCAAAAGAAGGGUAUGUUGGAUCAAAUUAUGGACUCGAAUCUUGUGGGGAAGGUUAACCCAGCAUCUCUCAAGAAGUUUGGAGAGACAGCUGAGAAAUGCCUGGCUGAGCAUGGAGUUGAUAGGCCGUCAAUGGGGGAUGUGCUGUGGAAUCUCGAAUAUGCCCUCCAGCUCGAGGAAACAUCCUCGGCUCUGAUGGAACCGGAAGAUAACAGCACAAACCAUAUUCCGGGCAUUCAGCUGACGCCACUGGAGCCCUUCGAUAACAGCACGAGCAUGAUAGAUGGCGGAACUGAUGAUGAUGCUGAGGAUGCUGCCACAAGUGCUGUGUUCUCUCAGCUGGUAAAUCCUCGUGGAAGAUGAGAAGAAACCUCCUGAAUCAAAGGAUGGAGGUUUUCAUUUUCGUUUCUUCUUCCUCGUCAUUUUUCUCCUGUUCUUUGGCUGAUUAUCUCAUGGAGUUUGUGUAGACUAGAGCUAGGUGCUGAUCGAAUUAUGGAAUGUUUUAUAAGUGCAACUUCAAGAUUCUAUUGUUCUUGUGAUUCUCAAUUUGUCUGGGUAUUGGAUGCCCAUGUUCUUGUUAGCGAUAAGAAAAGGUAAUGAUUUGGUUGGAUUUAUACACUUUCAUUUACAGAACAAGUACAAGGAAUAAAGACAGUCUGAAAUGAUUCCUCUUC